AGCAUUGGAUGCAGCAGCGUGUUCCGCUUAUCACAGAUCAUCUUUGCUGAGCGUGUUUUGAAGGAUCAGCUGGGAGUUUAUCUCUGGUUCUGCAUCUUUGCGUUGUUUUUUCCGUUGCGAUCCCGAGGAUUUUUUCCCUGAUUUUUGAGAUUUUCGUUUUGUUCGCUUCUUCGGAAAUAUGACGGAGAAUUUAACGAAAUUGCCGGUGAAAAGCAUUUUAAGGAAAAGUUCACUGACUUUCAUCGAGCACGAUGAUUCGGAAGUAGAAAUCACCUUGGAAACAGAGAAGCCUACUAAAGUCAUUGUCGAACCUGUACAGACGCCUCCGAAAGAGUAUCCCGGAGAAACAGAAGAAGAAAAAGCUCGGCGACAGGAGUUUGAACUGAAGCGUAAGCUGAAUCGUGCCCAAGAGGCCAUGAAAGUGCAAAUCGCUAAGAAACUCUUAUCGCAAGAAGAGGGAAUCGAAGAAGAAAUAGACGUUCCUACAGAAGACGAAACAGUGUCAGACGCCAGCGAAGACGCUCUGGAGAACAACCGCGAAGAAGAUAACGAUUACUACUACGCAUCCGCCGAUGACGUCACGGAAGACGGCGAAUCACAGAACGCAGACAUGUCCGCGGGGUAGACGAAGUACAAUUUUAUUCCAUUUGAGAACUUUGUGGCCAUACGUUGCGUGAUGUUUGGUUGCUUUACGUUGCGUUGCUAGAUUUUAGGAAAAUUUCAAACAAAAUUUCCAAAAACAGCUAUGGAAAACAUUUGGCGAUAUUUCAGAAGCUUGGCAUUGUGAGUGCUUAUCAAUCAUAUCAAGUUUCGGUCUAUUUUGCAAAAAAAAAAAAAACUUUUUCCGAGGAAAUCACUGUUUCGCAAAACAUAAUAUGAAUUGGUCCAUGGUAAUAAUAAGUAGACAAUAUAAACUGUCAAAUAAAUAAAACAAGCUAUUAAUAGGAAUUAAAAGUUCAAGCAAAAUCUAAAAUAAUCCACUGACGAAAAUAAUUUUGCAUUUACAAUGAUAAAUGUAUCAAGUCAUUAAAAAAAAAUGUAAUACUUCAUUAAAAUGUAAAAUUAAGGCCCGAGGAGCAAAACACGUCAACGAUAAUUUUUAUGUUUUCGUCAAUGCCGAACGUGAAUAAGUCGUCAAGCACUGUUGAACCCCUAUUCUACACCCUAAUAGUUAAAAUGUUACACUAUGGACAAAAAACAAGUGCUUAUAAUCAUUAUCCUUUUGAAAUCAUUGUUAAAUCAAAAUUGCGGUUGUAAUAAUGAUUCAGAUCGAAAAUCUCUAGAAAAUUUUAAAUGCCGCCUUUUGGAAAUGCCGUCUUUUAAUAUUUGUUUUGUAAUCUUUUUAGUGAACCACUUUACGGGUGGGUGAAAAAAAAAAUCACUCACAAUUUGUUUCAUAGUUGUAACGAAUUUUAAACUAGCUUUAAAAGUUAUUGUUUGUAAGCAU